AUGGGUGCCAAGAUCUCCGCUGUGCACGGCGUAAAGUCAGACCACUUUUAUGACCAGGGCAAUGCGAUAAACGAAAUCUGGGUUGGAGACGUCGAAAUCAUAUCCCGCCUCCCCUUCGGAGACUCAGACCUCGAGCAAGCCGGCUGGCCAGCAGGAGGGUGGCCCAAAAUACCCUGGCAUCAAUUUGUCAUUCCAAUGCGUAAACGAGACGACAUGCCCGAAUCGUUCCUCGGGAUAUCUCCCCCUCCAGCAGUUGACAAUUGGCUGCCGACGCAUGGGUAUCUUCGAAUAUACACGAGAAUUGAUUGGUGCCUUGCAUACGCACUGGGUUCCUUUCUCCUGCUCAUCGGCUUUGGGCUUUACUUGAUCUUCGUAUUCAAUAUCGUUUGUGCCUUCCAUGUACGUCGGGGUUACAAUGCUGUGCCCAAGCAGCAACGAAAUCUGACUGUUAUGGGCGUUGUGUACCGACGUUCAAUCCGCCGCCAUGUCAUGUAUGCCUUCUUAAAGUUGGCGUUCAGUGCGCUCUUCGUCGUCUUGGGGAUUCCGGGCGUUGUGGCAGGAAUGCAGCGGUUUAAUGCUGGCAUGUACGUCUUUAUAAACGCGACUGUCAUCUGUCUGGGCUUCCCGGCUAUGUCAAUUCUGUUCGUCCUUUACUUGAUGUACUGGUCGAGACGGCGAUCCAGUGCUGUGGAUAAGGAGGCCGUGGGAACUCCAAGGAAUGCUGUGUUUUCUCGGGCUAUGAGUAAUCCUGAGUUUACUGAGGCAAUGAGGGCUUGCGGCGUGGAUUUGGUCUUCCUGCAUAGCCUCAUUGAAGCUCUGGGGUCUGACGACUCCAGGUUCGUCAUCGUGCAGACCGAUGUGCAUGCCAAUGGGGCUGUGUGA